UACAACGUAGCAGCAACCAUUUUAACCAAGCAGGAACUACAUCUUACUGUUGUCCUGUCAACCAUGGGGAGACACAGUUAACUAUCAGUGUAAAUUUCUUCCAGGCUGGGUGUGGAGGAAAGUGAAAGUAGGAAAGUGCCAUGGUGACACUGAAUCGUUUGAGUGUAGAGGAUCCAGACGAUGGCUCUCCACUGCUGCCGGUGGUUGCAGAGACUACAGCACCAACGCCUGUCGGUCACAGACAGCGAGUGGUUACCAAGACUGACUCCAAGGAGUUUUUCCUAAGCAGGAAGGAGAAUUUUGCCACCAGUCUGCUUCUGUUGAUUGGAUGCUACUUGGCUAUUCUGAUUCCUGCAUAUUUUCCCUUGAAUAAGAUGGAAGCUGCCAGCUAUGACUACCAUAAUCCCAAAGAUUUGGUCUUAUUUAAUCGGUCAGCCUCCCUGCUGUCACGUCUCUGUCAGCCUCGCUGGUGUCUGAACCACCUCAAGCCCCUGUCCUGUUCAGAAGGUCUCCUGGACAUUCCUGUUUUCGUGCAGAAGGACAGACCAGUGGUGUGGAAUUUGGCCCCUCCUCUUGGGCUCCAGGGCAGUGAAGAGCAUCUGGCCCUUGCUCUUGCCUCUAUGCCUCAACCUGGCCUGCCUCCAUCACUGAGAAGAGAAAAGAGCUGCAGGCGAUGUGUGGUGGUGGGAAGUGGAGGGGUUCUUUAUGGCAGCCAUCUUGGAUCACAUAUAGAUCAGUAUGAUGUCAUCAUCAGGCUCAAUAAUGCCCCAGUGUCUGGAUUUGAGAGGGAUGCUGGAUCUCGCACCACUAUCCGCUUGAUGUACCCAGAGGGAGCACCUCACUCGGCUAAUGAGUACAGAAAGACCUCCAUGGUUGCUCUGGUGGUCUUUAAAAGCCUGGACUUGGACUGGCUCACGGCUGUCAUCACCAGACAGCCUCUGAGCUUCUGGUCCAAAAUGUGGUUCUGGAGGGAGGUGGUGGAUAAUAUUCCCCUGAAACCAGAGAGCUUCAAAAUCCUCCACCCAGAGAUAAUUCACAAGACGGGGCAAGUCUUACAAAAAUAUGCUCUAAAACAGGGAAAUAUGGUGCCAACAUUAGGUGCCAGUGCAGUCGUGAUGGCUCUGCAGCUGUGUGACCAGGUGAGCCUUGCAGGGUUUGGGUAUGACAUGCAACACCCAGAGGCCAGGCUUCACUACUAUGAGACCAUACGCAUGGAUGCCAUGAAGGCUCAAGUGGUACAUGAUGUCAGUGCUGAAAAGCUCUUCUUGAGGGACCUGGUGGCUGCAGGAGCUGUGACUGACCUCACAGGAGGACUGUAAGAUGAAAACACCGAACUCUACAUGCACUCCACUUCUACCUGUGAGCCAGUCUCGGAAACCUCUGCACAGAACCUUCCACAGCAAGGACAGCCAUUAAACACGAUCACAGCUUUACUGAUGAAUGU